AUGAUGAUGCAGUACUUGGCAAGAUUAGCUCUGGGCAUAUUCGCGAUCGCCGGUCCCGCGCUCGCCGCGCAGGUCGACAUUCUAGACCUGCAAGACGGCGACUUGGUUCCGGGCAAGUAUAUCGUGAACCUGAAGCCGGCCGUAGACAUAAAGGCCCACCUGAGCUGGGUGCGCGACGUACACAAGCGCAGCCUCGACUUGUGCGUCACGGCAGGGCUGGAGAAGACGUUCAGUUUCGCCGGCUUCGCCGGGUACGCAGGCGAGUUUGAUGACGAUACCAUCGCGAAGAUAUUGGCCGAUGCAAAUGUCCUAUCUGUAGAACAAGACAGAGUAGGCCGUAUAUCAGCUCUAGUACAACAGGGCGAUGCGCCAUGGGGUCUCGAGAGCAUAUCGUCGCGCACGCCAAUCACCGACACAAACACGCGAGGCCACACAUACUCGUAUGACAGCACAGCCGGGAGCGGGACGUUUGCAUAUGUGCUGGAUUCCGGCGUCCUGACCAACAACACGCAGUUCAACGGUCGCGCCAUCAAGGGUUAUAACGCGUGGAAUGGCACGGAGUCCUUCGACGACCACUUCGGCCACGGCACCCACGUCGCCGGCACCAUCGCCUCGGAAACGUACGGCGUAGCGAAGCAGGCCACCGUCAUCGACGUCAAGGUCGUCAGGAGUGUUGGCUACUCGACGCUCGCGCACGUAAUCGACGGCAUCAACUGGGUCGUGAACAACGUAACCGGAACGCCAGGCCGAGCGGGCAAAUCAGUCAUCAACAUGAGUCUAGCAUUCUCCACCUCCACCUCCCUAAACCGCGCCGUCGACGCCGCCAGCGCAUCAGGCAUCCUCUCCGUCGUCGGCGCCGGGAACGACAACGCGCUCGCCUCGACGCGUUCCCCGGCCUCCGCUAGCACCGCGCUCACCGUCGGCGCCGUAUCCGCGAACCGCACGCGCGCCCCCUUCAGCAACUACGGGCCGGAGGUCGACGUCUUCGCGCCCGGCGUAAACGUCGCCUCGCUCUGGAACGAGGAAGGCGCCGAGUCCGUCAACUCCGGGACCUCCAUGUCGUCGCCGCACGUCGCGGGUUUAGCUUUGUAUCUCAAGGGGCUCGAGGACGGGCUCGACUCGCCCGCCGCCACGAUAAAGCGCAUCAAGCAGCUGGCCCAGUCGGACGUCGUCGUCGACGCCGGGGAGGGAAGCCCUAAUCUGUUGGCUUAUAACGGUAUUACAGUGCCGACUUAUUGAAGGGCUUUUACGUUUUAUGAGGGAUGGGGGGUGGUUGUUACUGGGUAGUGGCGGUGAAACUAAAUGUAGAUCGAAUGGGUACCUACCAAAAUGUAUUCGUUCUCUUAGUAGCCGUCUCACUAUCAUAUUAUCUAUCCUGUUGCUUUAUUAGUCUCUAAAAUGCAUCAGCCGAAAUAAAAAUGAUAAUACGGGAUAUAUAGCCUGGGAGAAUAUGGCUGGUAACAUAUGCGCGUGAGGUUUGCGCGGUCACGAAUCACCUUGUCACAUCAAAAGUUGAGAUCGUAUGCAUCAUCACCGGGACGAUUAUGAUAGGAAAGCUUCUGCAUUUCUCGACCGAGUAUCAAAAGCUUGUGUCCUCGGUAUCAACCUAAUCCUAGUACAGGCAUCGAAGCCUCGAUGCCGAAGAUGGAACCCUGGUAAGGAAAAACAAUCGUACAUGCAAAGUCGCGUUCCCCCCCGUACCUAUUAGCAAGAACUUUUCUGGCCCUUUCCGUGCCAUGCCCCCGCCAAUUAAAACGAGAGUAAACGGUACCCUCAAUCAUUCAUUAGAGUAGAGAAAGUAUCAGCCUAAUAGUUGGUGUAUGGCAUGACCACCGCCACCAUUCAGCCUUACCCGCAUUCUGCAUCCAGGCCGGUUUCGUCUGCGAUUC